AUGAGCGACGCCGAGCAACCCCCGCCCGGAGCACCGCCACCCCUGCCACCGAACCUCCCCCACGACUCUCUCCAGCUCAACAUUAUCAUCUCGUCAACCAUCUGUUGGUUUAUUGCCGCCUUCUUUGUUGGACUGCGCUUCUACACGCGGGGGGUCAUAAUCCGGGUGCUUGGGCCGUCAGACUGGAGCGUGCUCCUUGCCUUGAUAUUCGCAGGAGCGACCUGUGGCGGCGUAAUAGAACAAGCCAUUCAUGGUGCCGGUUAUCAUGUUUGGGACCUCGAUCCCAACGAUACGGCCUCUGCCUUGGCUUGGGGAAGAGCAGCCUGGUACGGCGUUCUCUUCUAUUCGCUGUCGCUCUGCUUCUCCAAGAUGGCCAUUCUCCUGCUCUACAUCCACCUCUUCACCUUCAAGUGGGCGCGCCUGGGCGGCCAGAUCCUUUUCGGCAUCGUGGUCAUCUCGCACACCUACAUGACGCUUGUGACCUUUACCGCUUGCAUACCGCUAUAUUCGUACUGGGAUUUUAGGGUGACGGAAAAGUACUGCCACCCGCAGAGUGUUUGGUGGUCCAGCACUGGGCUGCACAUGGUCACCGACUUCCUCAUCUUCCUCCUCCCGAUGCCCGUCGUCUGGACGAUCCGACUGCCGCGCCGGCAAAAAUACAUCCUCUCAGCCGUCUUCGGUUUCGGUUUCAUAGUCUGCUUCAUCUCCAUCCUCCGCCUGCUCCAACUCUUCCGCGCUCAAUCCGACCCCGACUUCACCUACGUCGCAGCUGAACUCUCCUACCUGACCGCCGUCGAGGUCAACGGCGCCAUCGUCUGCGCCUGUGUCGUCGUGCUCAAGCCCUUCCUCGCCCGCUUCUUUCCCCGAUUGUGGGGGUCCUCUGCGUCGGUGGGUUCGAGUUCGCGGAGUGCGGCUACGUUUGUGGGGGAUGGUGGCUAUGAUGGGCGUGGGGGGCCGCCGACGAUUGGGAGUUUGCCGACUAAGUUGAGGUUGGGGCCGCUCGGGGCGAUGGAGAGGGACGUGUGGAUUGAGGGGGAUGUUGGGGGGGGUAGGACGGGGCGCGGGUGUGGGUGGAUGGGGGGGUAUGUGGAGAUUGAGGAGGGGGCUGGGGAUGUGUGGGGGGUGGAUGUUGAGUUGAUUGAGCAUGUGAAUCCAGGGAGGGAGGUGGACGGCAUCGGGAGAAAGGGGGAGGGGGAUAUGCUUCAGCGGCCGCCGCCGGUGCAGAGUGGGAAGGUGAGAGUUGAUACUGAGGUUCUAGUGGAGGUCACUAAGGUGGGUCGUUAA